AUGAGCGUCAACAUCGAUGCGCUCUACAUCUUUGACGAACACAAUGAGUGUGUCCUCGAACACGUUUACAACGGCCGACCACCGACGGCCAACCUUCUCAUCUCCAGCAUUCUAAGCCGAGCCUCUCCUCGGCCUUCUGUCCUCCACCUUUCAGAUCUUGCUCCAUCUGCGACCGCUUAUUCCGUAACCCAAGGGAAUCUUCUUCUGGUUGCAGUAGCUCUCAAAGAUGCGCAACCCCUUGCGAUACUAGACUUCCUCCAUCGACUUAUCGAUGUAUUCGAGGACUUCCUUGGAACCCCCCUGUUGACAGUCAAGAUACAAGACAAUUAUGAGAUCGUCGCGCAACUACUUGGGGAAAUGUGUGAUGGCGGGGUCGUCUGCAAUACAGAGCCCAAUUCCUUACGAGAGUUGGUCGAGGUCUCUUCGUUGAUUGGGAAGUUAUUUACUCAGGUUGGCUUGCCAGGGGCAUCUCCGGCUCUCGGUCCACAGAAUUCUUUCGCUGCAAGCCUUCGUCCGACAGUUUCACCUUCUGCAGGACCUGCAAUCCCCUGGAGAAAGUCAAACGUGCGCCACACGUCGAACGAGCUUUAUGUCGACAUUAUAGAAAGUUUGUCCGUCAUCUUUGCUCCGUCAGGUCGUCCUAUUUCAGCUCGUUCUCAUGGUGCCAUCGCAUUCACAGCUAAGAUAUCUGGCGUUCCGGAUCUCCUACUGACAUUGAAUGCUCCGGGAGGUACUAGUAGUGCCAAAUCUUCAGGAAUUGCUCGGACCAUGCAGAACCCAGUUUUCCACCCUUGCGUACGGCUUGCACGCUGGAAGGAGCACCCAGGGGAGUUGUCCUUUGUGCCACCGGACGGCCGAUUCAUGCUAGGCGGGUAUGAAACAGAUCUAAUGCCAACAAACUUAAACAACGAUCAACCGCCAAGCCAGAGCGAUCGGAUAUAUCUCCCAGCGACUGUUGAUUUACGACCAGGACUCGGUAGCUCAGGGACCGAAUUUGAAGCCAGAUUGACACUUAACAACAAUUUCCCGGGGGUUGCCUCGUCAAGCAAGCCCGGCACCUCACGGUCAGCAUCAAGUACUGGGCCAUUUUCUUUUGGAAGUGCCAAUGCGGGCAAUUCCAGCGCUCCAUCGCUUGAAGCCCUGGUUGUGACAAUACCGUUCCCACGUGAAGUUCGCAAUGUCACAGAAAUUAAACCAUCUCGAGGCGAAGCUAGCUUCAAUGCAUUCGAGAAAGUAAUUGAGUGGAAGGUGCCUACCAAAGACGGCGCAUCGAUCAACGGAGUAGCGGUCUUGACAGGAACAGUGACUGGGCCACUAAACGCAUUGUCAAUUGCCAAUGACGACAACGAUGUGGAAGCGUCCGAACUCGGGAAAGCGAACAGCGUGGCAGGUUACUAUGAGGAAGAUGCCGUUGCCGAUCAGACCGACCUACAAGAUGGGAUCCGAUCGACUCCUGCAGCCGGAACUUCAACGGGCAACGGGGCCAAGAAAUCUCAAGCGAGUAGGUUGCUCAUGCCGCGGUCGAUCGCGGUUUCUUUCAAUGUCAAAGGCUGGCUCCCCAGUGGCAUCAAAGUCGACGCGCUUCUUGUUGACGUCAAGAAAUCCAAGGGCUUGGGUGAUGGCGUUCGGCCUUACAAGGGUGUCAAGUAUCUCACCGUCAGCCGACAAGGCAUUGAGCGCAGGAUCGGGUGA